CCUUCAGAUCGAACUCCCGCGGGGUCGAACUCGGAUCGAGCAAAAUAUCUGCUUUAUUUCUCGGUCUAGUGAUCUCGUCUCAAGCCUUUCUCGCUCCAUCUGUUAACACCGACACGAGAAGAAGACGACGAACGCGAACCCCUCAUAAGAAGCGAUCUUCCACCACCCUAUGGACCAUGCUCCCCGAUCCUCCUCCUCCACUUCCAUCUGCGACGGAACCCUAAACCGAACUCUCAUCCCCGGCCUUCCAGAUGACAUCGCAGCACUGAUCUUGAUCUCUCUUCCUUACUCCCACCGCUCUCGCCUCCGCCCUACUGCCCGCGCCUGGUACGCCUUUCUAUCAUACUCCUCCGUCGUUCCUCUCCGCCGCCUCCUCCGCCUCCCCCCUCGCCACGUCCUCUGCCUCUUCCCCUCCGACCCAUCCGUCGUCCGCCCUUUCCUCUUCGACCCCGCCGCAGCCGCCUGGGCUCCGCUUCCCUCUCUACCCUGCAGUCCCUACCACUACGGCCUCUCCAACUUCGCCACCCUUGCUAUCGGUCAUCACCUCUACGUCCUCGGAGGCUCCCACUUCGACGCCCGCUCCUACCCCCUCGGCCUCCCCAUCCCCUCUGCCGCUGUUCACCGCCUCGAUCUCUCUGCUUCCUCGGCACCGUGGAUUCGACUACCCGACAUGCUUUCCCCUCGAGGAAGCUUCGCCUGUGCCCCGAUCGCCGGCGCCAACGCCAUCAUCGUCGCUGGCGGAGGCUCUCGUCAUGCCAUUUUCCCCUCCAGCGGUACCCGCAUGAGCUCCGUUGAGAUAUUUGAUGCUGAUUCGGGGGAGUGGGCGCCUUCCAAUGGGUUGCCGAGGUAUCGAUCUGGAUGCGUUGGGUUCUUUCGGAGGCUUCGACGGAGGCACUUGGUUGAGGAGGAUGGUGCUGAGGAGGGCGAGGAGGAGUUCUGGGUGAUGGGCGGGUACGGUGAUUAUCGGCCUGUGGCUGGCGUGGUGCCGGCUAAUGUAUAUUAUAAGGAUGUAUUGGUGCUUGGGCUGAGGAGUGGCAAGUGGAGGGAAGCUGGGGAUAUGUGGAAGGAUGGGGAGAGGCAGAAGCUUGGCCAGGUUGUUGUCAUGGAUGGUGUGGAUGGAGAGCAGAUGGAAGUUUUCAUGCUGGAUCGCAACGCCAUAUUCAGGUAUAAUUUCACAUUGAAUCGAUGGUUUAAAGAGUCGAUUCUAAGGAGAAAAGUUCCAUCAGAAGAUUCGUGCGGCUUUGUCGCCAUGAAUGGAGAGCUAUGCGUGCUAACUAAAUCAAUUCCAUUCAUUGACCCUUCCAAACCCGGUAGAGCCUUCAAGAAUAGACUAACCCUAGAGAUCCAAGCUUAUGAUCCACUGAGAAAGAAGUGGAGGUUCUUCACCACAAAUCCUCCUUUCUGCCAACCAAUAAUAGAUUUCAAGACGGCUGUUUCCUGUUCCAUUCAAUUGUGAAGAUCUGUUCGUUCUCUUAUUUUUAGUUACAUGUCAUAGUAUUGCAUAGAUUGAUGUAAAGCUUCAUCCUGUUGUUGAUGUAAAAACAUUGAUUUGUGUAUAUAUCUACGUAAAGUUCUGUAUAGAUGAGGUAUUGGGGUUGCCAAAAUAUAUGAUUUGCUAUGUACAUUUGUAUCGGACCAUGUUCAAUGAAUUGGUGAAAUUGAAGGUCAUAUAGGAAAAUAUAUGUUAUGGGUCAUUUACAUAUAUACCGCUCAAUUCCAAUGUAUUGUACAUGUCUUAAACCAAAUUAAGAGGUUCGCUUUACUUUCUUUAUGGAUAAUGACAAUG